GACUCAACCUUUCCCAAACGUUCUCAAUCCGCCAUGUGAGGACACACCGUGACGGGUUGGUGAUGGUAGUAGUGUGUGCAGCCGGGCCGCAGGUUAUUACGCAAGAGAAGGAUUCAUCUCAUUCUGCACUGACAUCGACUGAGCACAAGCGGACGUGAAAUGUUCCAACUAUUUACUUGUAUGAGCUACUAGCUGAAAUAAUUAGUGCACGUUUUGGACGUUGGGGCAAGUACGAUCAAAGUAAUAGUUGGAUGGCUGAGAUGUCCGGGAUCGCUGUGUAUCUCACACUGCGGUUCACACACAGGGCCGGUACGCGGUAACGACCAUGACAUUGUGAUGGCGCUUUCUCGCGUGGUGAGAUCGAAGCCGUCGCCUACGAAUAACAUCCUACAUCCUGCAUCGUGGCAACUGAUGCAGCCCCAAGGUAACCGUCUGGUUCAACGUGUGUCUUCGCGAUACCUUCGUCGAUGUACCAGCGUCGACCAAGCCAGCCAUGGCAAAACACCGUACACCGCCUGGUGCUCGGCUUGGCGAUCAGUAUCUUCUUCGUGUAUCAACAUGCACGGGAUUUCGGGUCCUAUAAAGGAGAGUGUUUGUGAGAAGAACUGUCAGAAAGCAAACCGCCACCUUCGAAAGCAGAUCAAGUUGGCAGCUGAGAGUGGAAGGACGAAGUGCACAGCAAGCAGUUGAGUUCGACGAUCCGUUCAGACGCGAUCUUGUCCUUGAACAACCUAGCCACCUACUGUACUCAACGACUUAUUCAUUUGAGUUCAUUUGCCGUUUGUCUGCACCUCAACCUUGGCCUUCGACGUUCAGGAAAUGGGAGCAUCUCGCCAAGCCCAAGGCGCUACAGGUCUGAGUGCAUCUGUGCGUGAGAGCAACAUGCUGUUGCGACUGCUGGCUGGAGCGUUGCUGCUAGCAACGGUCUCUGCUAGAGGUUUAAAUCACAUGACUGCCAGCACGGAGUGCAGGGGAGGCCAGUUCGGUACCAUGCCGGGGUUAAGCCAGGCCAUGUUUGGACUGGCGUUCCAAUACGAUGCGAACCACACGAACGGCAAGAUGCCGCUCAUUGACCGCACGCAACUUUUGAACUCGACAGUAGGCCCGAUGCUGGAGUACCACCUGUGGCCGAACUGGACCGAAGCGUUUACAAUCACGAUGAACGCUACAAGGAAGGUUGCGUUGGACUGGAAACAGAACUCGUCUCAUGAAAAGGACAACUUCAACACCAUUGCACAAUACGGCCAGCUGUACAGAUACUUUAUGGAUCAUUACGGUGAUGAUGCACCGCAGCCGACAAGAGGCGUUGUACUGAAGAGAGGAAUCGGCUAUGACCCUAAUCUAACCCAGGACUACAGGUGGGUGAACGACAACAUUUUCGGCCAGGAGCGUCUAAUGGGCAACAACCCUGUCCAGCUGCAAAGAGUUGUGGAUGGUGCUGAGCAGAGCGGGCGUGUAGCUGGACAGCCAAGUGUUGGUAUUACCUGGAAACAUCUCGCGUCAAUGUUGAAUACCACCUAUCUUGAUGUGGUUGAUGGAAAGUCUAAGUUUGAUCAAGCCCUCCAGGAAGCUACUGGGGACAUGAGUGACUCCAUUUCCAAGGCUAUAGCCCGUCAUCAGCUGUAUGUUCUGCAUUACCCGUUGCUGGCGGAGAUCGUCGGCGACGUUAAUGCUCCCGGUGCCUAUGCCAACCGAUUCAUGAUGGCGCCUAUCGCACUUUUCCUAUCCACCCAUGACGACUCCUAUCCGUUGAAGCCCGUCGCUAUCCAGUUAGGACACACUGCCUCGUCCUGGGUGUGCACCCCGCAAGGCAGCUCAUUCUUCUGGUGGACGGUUGCCAAGUUGUACGUGAACAACGCCGACGGUCUUGUUUCGCAGAUCGUCCACCAUCUGGUUAAUGCUCAUCUGAUCUCUGAGUCGUUUGCUGUUUCCAUGCACCGCAAGCUCCCCGAACAGCAUCCAGUGUACCAAAUUCUCAAGUUCCAUAUCGAGGGCCUUAUCCCGAUCAACACAAUGGGAUUUAAACUCCUGACACCCGCCAACGGCAGCGUUUCGGAAAUUGCUGGCUUCGGUCACAAGGGUCUGUUGGAUCUGAUUGAAGUCGGCUACGAGCAUUGGACGUAUGAGAAGAUGGACUUUGAGCAAGACUUGGUGGUACGAGGUGUUGACAAUCAGGAGUUUCUCCAGAGCUACUCGUUCCGUGAUGAUGGGCAGCUGGUCCACGAUGUCAUCAAGCAAUGCGUCUCGGAAUAUGUUGAUCACUACUACUGCUCGGAGGAGGAUGUGAAGCGUGACAGUGCUCUGCAGGAAUACGUCCAGGAGUUGUACACCCAGCAUCCGAACAAGAGCAUGGUUCAAAGCCUCAACAGCGUGGAUGACUUGAAAACUAUGCUGCGCCGCAUCAUCUACAUCAACUCGGUUCAUCACGCUGCCGUCAACUAUGCCGUGCGUGAGUUUGGCUCUUCUGUCCUCACUAUACCAUUCUCCACAUUCAAACGCCCUGAGGAGCUAGGAAACCUGUCGGCCAUUGUCACCGACACCAGCAAACUGGAUGCACUCGUUCCGUACUUCUUGGGCGAUUACGAGCACGCAAGUCUCCAAGCAGAGACGGCAACACAGCUGGCAUCUCUGCGCUUCAGUGACCUCUUUGCCUAUGGUCCGAACAUGACUUACGCCAGUCAACCAGUCAAGGACAUGAUAUCACGCUGCCGCACUCUGUUAGUUGGCGAUGGCACACCCAAAUCCCGGGCCACCGAGAUGAGUGUGGAGGGAGUCAUUGAGAGGAGAAACGCCAUUCGCAAGUCUAAGAACAUCAUGGAGUACGCUUACAUGAAGCCGUCAACGCUACCUAACAGCAUUGCCAUCUAAGUCCCCAGACCCUGCCGAACACAGACAUGCUGAUGGGAAGAAUCAGCCGGUCGACUGGAGAAAGAUGCUGCCUGUUAUAGUUUUCACUUCCAGGCACCACUGUACUAAAAAGAAAUAGGUGUUAUAUGAUCAUAGAGAUUUACGUUCACUGAGCACACAAACAUCGCAACAUUGCAUUUUCUGUGGUUUGCAUGGCCAGCUUUGCAAGAAAACCCAAGAGUGACGGAACAUCUUGGUACUAACUUUUCAUGCAAUGUGCAGCCCAGGCUGGCGCUGCUGAUGCUAAGUAUGGAGAUAGCCUUCACGCUCAAUGAUGUCCAUCCCCUCUCUCUCUGCGUAGGUUUCUUUUGCCCGAGUUUGGUCACGCUGGCUGCAGACCGUGACCAGCGAUACAUACAUAUUCUGCUUUCACACGGUCCCCAGGAAAUUACUCCCCAUCAUAGUAACCAAUUUUGCGGCUGUGCUCCGGCAUGCCAUUCAACACUGAAAACCCGCAUUUGCAACCCAAUUUCCCAAUAGUAACUAACGUUUACAUUAUUAAUUUAGAAAUAAUUUUUACUACCUUCCACGCUCAGCACCCCACUACGCACUCAAGUCAGCCUGGCCCCGAAAAUACCGGCAUUUUCACGCCUCCCCAUCUCUCUGUCCCAAUUUCACUGCUCCCUGCCACCUAUAACCAGGAGGUAGAACGUACAAUUGACGAACAGCCUCUUAUACUGGCAAAGCAAAUGUGCUUACAUACAUGUGUGACACAAUAUCUCAGUACAAAAGAAUUGAUCAAAACGCCAACCUAAUGCCAAGAAUCUGAAGAAAGACUGUGUUAC